GUGUGUGGGAUUCUGAGAUUUCGUUCAACUGCGGGUGAAAAAUGGCGUCGACCGCGAUGAGCGUGUUCUCUAACUUGAGCCGAUUGGCGUGCCGGGUCCCAUCUCAGCGUAGUCGGCAUGGCUUGACAGCUUUUGGGCGAUGCUUCUCAGCUAAUUCCACAGCCUCUACUUCCCCGAGCGAGGGCCAGCAAUCUCCGUCCGCUGUCUCUGCCGAGGAAUACGCCAAACUUAAGGAGGAGAAAGACUUUCUUCUAGAGAACGUCAAAGAGCUCGAUGACAAAUACAAGCGAGCCCUGGCCGAAGUCGAGAAUACUAGAAUGCGUUUGGGAAAACAAAUUGAGGAUGCUAGAGUUUUCGGCAUCCAAAAGUUCGGCAAAGAUCUUCUCGACGUCGCCGAUGUGCUGCAGACGGCCUGCGGAGCGGUACCACAAGAGGAAUUGAGUAAAAACGCGCAUUUGAAGAACCUGUAUGAAGGGCUCAAGAUGACAGAAUCACAGCUGCAAGGGGUAUUCCGCCGACACGGUCUCACACAAAUCAACCCACUCGGCGAGAGGUUCGACCCCAAUGAGCACGAGGCCGUUUUCAUGACGGAAGAUAAAUCGAAGGAAGUCAACACCGUCGCCGUCGUCAGCAAAUUGGGCUAUAAGUUGAAGGACCGGGUCAUACGGCCCGCUGUUGUCGGAGUGGUUAAGCAUUGAUACGAAGAUCCUAAUAGGUUUGUUAGCAAUUGCAUCGAAUCACCUGCGUUCCAAUUUGAAUCAUCGAGGUAGCCGGAUACACAACGAGCGUGCUUCCGCUGCACGGAGCUGCUCUUGUUGUCGCUCAGAAGUGAGCUUCAAGCUAUGAGUCCUACAUCUCAUCCUUGGGAAUAAAUUAAUUUUCCUCUAUAAC